AUGGGGAUUCUUGUGUUCAUUACGUGUGUUCCGGGAACCGAAGAGGCUUUCAAGGAAGCCUCCCUCAACAAUGCCAAGAACAGUGUGCAAGAAGCUGGUAUUGCUCGCUUCGACUGCAUUCAGAGCAUCACCGAUCCUACCAAGUUCGUGCUCGUGGAGGUGUACAAGACGGGAGCGGACGGGCAGGCAAAACAUCGGGAAACCGCACAUUACUUGAAAUGGAGGGACACCGUCGCCGACAUGAUGGCGGAGCCCAGGACGGCGGUCAAGUACAACACGAUCUUUCCUGAAUCCUUCAAAGGAUGGGAUGUGCCCCAGGAACUCAGCAGCGGGGGAGCAGGUGCGCUCUGGGGAGGAGGGAGGUGA